UGCUCUCGGCUAUUUUCGUUGUUGCUGGCUUUUUCAGGGGCUGCUAGCUCGCAGCCGGAGAAGCUGCUUUUUUUUCCGGGUUCGGAGCCGUUCCGGAUGCUUUAGGCUGCCGGAUGUCUGAUCUCCGGAUAACUGAGGCGUUUCUGUACAUGGAUUAUCUGUGUUUUAGAGCACUCUGCUGCAAGGGACCACCGCCCGCACGCCCUGAAUAUGACCUGGUUUGCAUAGGCCUCACAGGCUCUGGCAAGACCAGUCUGUUGUCAAAGCUCUGCAGUGAAAGUCCUGAGAACGUCGUGUCAACCACAGGUUUUAGUAUAAAAGCAGUGCCAUUCCAGAAUGCCAUCUUGAAUGUAAAGGAACUUGGAGGGGCUGAUAAUAUCCGGAAAUAUUGGUGUCGCUACUACCAAGGCUCUCAAGGGGUAAUAUUUGUAUUAGACAGUGCCUCUUCAGAAGAUGACUUAGAAACUGCUAGAAAUGAACUGCACUCAGCUCUUCAGCACCCACAGUUAUGCACUUUACCCUUUUUAAUAUUGGCCAAUCAUCAAGACAAGCCAGCUGCUCGAUCAGUCCAAGAGGUCAGGGAACUGGCAGCUGAGGAUACGGGGUCAUAGGCCACGUCUGGAAUGGAUCAUACCCUUUGUAUCCUUUCUGUUGCGGAAUCAUCCCUUCGUCAGUAUUUCAGUAUCCGAUUGGAAAACCAUGGCACUUCUUUUGUCCCUUGCCCAGUCAUUCAGCCCAGAGGGAGGCAAAACGGCUGGUAAAGAAUAGUGCUUGGUUGUUACUCGGCACCCAUGCACUUCUGUGGGAGAAAGAGCUGCCUCUGGAUUUCUGAAGAAAGUCAGAGAAAGAAGUGUAUUAUGCGAGUCUGACUCACUGAGCAGAAUGGGCAAGAUAAAUGGUGGGAAAACCAAAACCAACUUUCCUGUGACCUUCAGUGAAAUUCUGCUUUAUGCCCUAGGAAAAAUGUUAAAAAUGAUGUGGUCGGAGUUGGGAGAGCUGCAGCCAAGAGACCAUAUUGGAAGGAGAAUUUCUAUUUUACAAAGAAGCUUGCAAACCUCAUAGCCACCGCUAAUGGCCGUAUAAAUAUUAAUAAAGCUUUAAACACCUCCCAGAUUAGCUUUAUUUUUAAAUCAAAAGUGCAAGACAUGGAAGUGGUAAUUCGUGUUAGUCCGGCAGUCACAAAAUUAAUUGAGAUAAAAACAAGAAGUCGCAGGCAAACCCUUUGGGUGACAAAAUAAUGAGUUCUACUAACUCACUUAGUUUCGAGUGAAACAUGGGGGCAUGAAACGAGUUCCUAUUGUUGAACUGGGAGCAUGCCCCGUGUAUCUGCACCUCGGCCGCCGUCAGAGACAUGGAAAAAACUAAGUCAGCUUCUGCGGCCUUCCUGCUUGCUGUCGUCCUGAGAAAGCCGCACCUCACGUAGCGCUUUGCUUUCACACUCGGAUUCCAGCUUCGGAUGUGCCGCGUGAGGUCGGCCUGUGCACGGGCCGGGCAGGAGGGCAGGAUGGGUGUGGCCACGGCGAACACAGGCAAGCACGGGGCAAAGAAGUUCAUUGGCACCUCCAAGUCUGCUAGGUGUCUUCCGGCAAGGAUGAGCCACACAGUGAAAACGUUCUGCACGCUCUUCACAGUUUCUAGGAAAUAUCAGCCUGUCACCCCCACAGGCUGGCAGACUGGUAGCCAGCCCUGUAGUCCCUCAAGGCCUAAGUCAGCUGGACAUGCGGAGUGCUGCAUCCUCGUGAUGCCCUGCCUUGUACAGGAUUCUUGUGUAGUUGUUUCGGCAUCCUAACAUCCUCUGCCGCGAGUAGGAUGAAUUUCUUUUGGAAGUGAUAAAGUGAUUCUACUGUGAAGAGCUAAGGAAAAAGAUCGCACAACUGGGAAUUUAAACAGAAAAGAAGAUAACAGGCAACCUUCUAGAGAUUAAGGACUCCUAGAAACCAUGACUCUACAAGUCCUGGAUUUCUCUACCUCUAACUACUGCUAAAAUUUCUUUCCGUCAGUGGCUGUUUUAUAUUUUUGCUAUUUCUUACGGGCUUCCUGGGUAGGAACCUGGUUUUACUAUUAUCAUCCCCAUUUUUUUUUUUAAGUAAACUUGACACCCCACGUGGGCCUUGAACUCAAGACCCUGAGAUCAAGAGUCACAUUUUCUAUUGACUGAGUCAGCCACGUGCCCCCCUUAUCCCCAUUUUUUCAUUCCUGGACCCAACUUCUGUUCGUUAACACAACCUUUUAGCCAGAUUUUCUUCUGGUAUAGAACCUGAUAGAGGGUAUACAAUCUGAUAAAGGGUAUUGAAUGUUUAAAAAAAAAUGCGUUUUCACCAUUAUCAAAGGUCUAGAAUGUAAGCAGAGCCAGUAUUCUUCUUCUCAUGAAUUGAAGUAUGUUUCUUUGUUUGAAAAAAGAACUUUUUAACUACACCCAAUAUUUGGGUAAAAGUAGAAUAUGAAAUACAAGUAUUAAUUUUCCAUGAAGCUUUUUUUCACAUAUUAAUAACUACUGUCUUAAUUCAGUAAUGCCAAAGAUGCUAAAUAACUAACAUGGAUCCUUUCAAAAUUAACUGUACAAUGAGACAAUAAUUCUCAAAAGUAUGUGAGACAUUACUAUAAAGCCAAGUCUUCUUUAAUUACCCUAAUUUACAUGCUACUUCCCACUUCACUCCCUAGAGGUAACUGUUGAGACUGUGGUAUGUAUCUUUCUAGAACCUUCUGUGCGUUUUCUCACAUUUUACACAGCUAGAGAAAAUGUUUUCUGUAUCUGUUUUUGCAUAAUUACUGUAAUGCCAUUAUAUUGUGGUCUUCUAACUUAGUGAUGAAAUAAAUGAGAAGUUCACACCAUUAUCUAAAUAUGUUGGGUUAAGUUGUUAGUUGAAAAUUAAAGUCCAUGCACUAUGUCAAAUGCAAAAUUUGAAAAAACACUGAAGGACCCACAAGAAGAGUUUGAACUGAUCUUACAGCAUGCCGAAGAUUGCCUCACCCCACAGUGAGGAGAUGGUAUCAGAAGGGAGGGCCUGAACAAAUAAGAAUUUGUUCCUCUAAGUUUGUUUUUUGUUUGGUUUUUUUGUUUGUUUGCUUUAGAUUUUUUUUUUUAAUUUUUAAGUAAUCUCUACACCCAGUAUGGGGCUCGAAUUUACAGCCCCGAGAUUAAGGGUCACAUGCUCCACCGACUGAGCCAGCCAGGCGCCCCAGUUCCUCUUAAGUUUUCUAGAUCUAUUAGCCUUUAAGCCUGUUCCACUGUCAUUUCUUAGGAAGUAGCCAUGUUAUGUCACUUGGCAACUUAAUAAUCUCUGUGUUUCCAUUAGGCUGAGACCGUGGUGACCUUUAUUCUGUAUAAGUAAAAAGAAGCAACUACCAGUAUAGAUAAAGGAAAAGGAGAGGGAUUAUGAGUGGCUAGGAGAUGAUAGAGUUGUAUUAAAGCCUUUUCUUGAGGAGGUGGGCUUUGGACUGGUUUUAAAGAGGAAUGUGUUGUGAUGAACAUAAAGGAGUGUGUUAUUAAAAUUAUUUUUUCAAAACGUAUUUAGAACCCAGUCACAUCUCACCACCGCCGCUGCUUCCUACCACCAGCAUUUCUCAUGUGUAAUAGUUGUGGUCUCUGACCUUCUACCUGAUCUCCCACCCUUCCACCCCACCACCCCUUUGCUCUUCUACCCUCUGUUUUCUCCAGUAACCUGAGGAAUCUUUCAAAAAUUAAGUCACACGAUAACCUCACAACUGUCCCAUGGCUCUUCAUGGUAAAAGCAGCAACGCUGUAUGAUCUGGACUUUCCCACUUCCCUGGCUUCAUCUUCUAGCUUUUCCCCUUUUGCUCCAUCAACUCUGGCCACACUGUUCUCCUCGUGUUCUUUGAACCUGGUAAGUAGAAUCUCAGCUCAGAGCUUUUGCACCUGCCAUUCCCUCUGCUCAGACAUCCCCAUGGCUUACUCCCCCUCUUCCUUGAGGAAUUUUCUCAGCUGUUAUCUUAUUAAAGAGACGUUCCCUGAUGCCCCUGCCCUCGGUCACUCUUUACUUCUAUACCCUUUUAUUUUUUCUUCAUAGCACUGUCUCACAUAUUACAUAGUCAUUUGUUUAUUCCUUAUCCCAUCUCGUGAGAAUGUAAGUUCCUCAAGAGAAGGGCAUCCAUUCUUUUGGCUGCAUCAACCAGAAUGCUGCCCAGUGUAGAGUUUAGUAAAUACUUGUUUAAUUAACAAAUAAUCCAUGUAAAAGAGCCAAGCUAAAAACUGAAUGAAAAAAAUGAGGUUUAAGGGACCCUUUUGAAAAUGGAUCUUGGAAAGAACUAAGGGAACCAGUACAUAAGAGGGGAGAGAGGUAAUCUUUAGGUUCCUGACAUCUUCAUAUAUUAUCCAGUUAUAGGGAUUUAGAGACUGUCUGUGCUUUAGAUGGUGACCUAUAACUUUCGUCUGUCUGGGCCAUUACAAUUUGAGUAUGCUACUAUUUCAUUAAUGAUGAGGGUUGAGCCCCUGUUUAGUAAAUAACCAAACACACCCUAAGGAGAACAUGAUGGGAAUAGAAUGUUCUUUUUAAACAAUGGCAUAGUUCUGUGUUAACACCUGCUUCCUUACCUUGAAGUUUGUUGUCAACUUUAAGGUGUUCAUUUUUGAAAGGAAACUAUGUUGAUAGUCUUUUAGAGGCUUCAGGGGAACAUUUGUUUCCUUAGGAUCUGCUCCAGGAAUAUCAGAAAGAAAAUACCGGGAAGUUUAAAGACAAGCCAUUUAGAAGAGAGGGCAAGAUGAACAGUAAUUUUUAGUUUCAUAAACUUUUAUUCCUAAAGACCCCACAUUAUUUUACCCAGUGAUGUUUACAAGGUACUGUUCCAACUGCAGGCUGACUGUAAACCACUUUUCCUAAAAUGUAAUCUCCCUUUUAAAAUGAUUUCUGGCUUUUUUGUGAGACUUCACAUUCCUUCUUUCCCAAACUUUCUCUGCCAGUCCGUUAAUUUGGCAUUGCAUCAUUCAGUUGUGUGCUCAUCACCACCAUCAGCAUCAAAAGCCUCCAGAAGCAGUUUCUCAUUUAAUUCAUUUCUGUAAGCUAGGUAUUUAUUGUCGUCUCACACUCAAAGGAAACUGGAGUUUAGAACAUUUAGUAAUUUGCCCAGAGAAAUUUAACUAGUCAGAGGCAGAGCCGGAAGUCAACGUCCCGUGCGUGCUGUACUGCGCACUGUGGGGUCGUUCCGUCACAUCACGCUCCUUCCUCAAGAGGCCAGGCAGCCUCUAGAAUCUCCCCCAAUCUCUCCAUUUGUCUGUUCCUUCAUUUGGAAAAUGAGGGUUUUGAACCGGAUGUUCUUAAAUGUCCCUCUUCCCUUCCCCACCCCUCUGUUCAUAGGCUUUAUUAUUGGUAAUGGCUACCGCUGUUGGGUUAAAUUCUUUAUAAACAUAACUUUAUAGAGUCAAUAACUGACUGAGUGCGAUGUCAUCACCCUCAAGUUUCAGAUGGGAUUUGGAGUGGUUAAGUAACUUGUCCUAGGCCAUCAAGUUUUGAAAUGAAGAAAUCCUAUGUCAGCCCGUGUUUGGGGUUGUAGUAACACUGCAUUAGUGUAUACUGUUUCCACACUAUUACCUACUCCUUUUGUGUAAUAAGUGUAAACUGGAUGAAUAUAGGAAGAAUCUACUCAUUCACUAAUUCAAAAAGUAUCUGUUCAGUCGUUAUUGUUGAUCAAACUGUGCAGGUCCUACGAACCCAAAAAUGAGCAAAGUUCUCUCCCUGUGCCUAGGGAGGCCAGAAUACACACUAGUGCAUGGGGGGCGGAGGUACACAUGGAUUAUCAUAAUACAGUGUGAAAAGUACAAUAAUAAUGCUUCAACAGAGGGCCAUGAGAAUUGGGGAAGUGAUCUCAGACAUGGGCUUUGAGGGGUGAGUGAGUAGGAACUUGACAGGCAGAGAGCAGGACAAAGCCACUAAUGGCAGAAGAAACUGGAUGUACAAAAGCAGGUGUAUAUAUCCACACAACAGAAUGGCAUUUGGCAAUGAGAAGGAAUGAGUACUGAUACAUCCUACAAUGUAGACAAACCUUGAAAACAUGAUGCCGAGUGAAGGAAGCCUGUUAGCCAUAUAUCCUGGGAUACCGUUUAAAUGAAUUGUCCAGAACAGGAAAAUCCGGGGAGACAGAAAGUAAAUUGGUGGUUGCCUAGGGCUGGGGACAGGGUGGAAGGAUAUGGGACAUGACCGCUAAUGGCUGUGGGAUUGCUUGUGGUGUGAUAAAAAGUAUUCUAAAUCUGAGUAUGGUAGUGGUUGUACAUCUCUGUUGGAUAUACUACAAGCUAUCGAACUGUAUACUUUCUGUGGGUGGCUUUUAUAAAAAGAAGGCAAGUGAGUGUCGGAGACUGUGGGAAGCUUGGUGUGACUGGAAUAUAGGUUUCAAGGAAGUGAGAUAGGUGUGGAUUAUAGCCUUUUGGCAAGGGCCUUCUGCAUCAGAUGAAAGCCUUUACCUGUUUUCACCCAACAUUGUCGUGAAGUUCACCCACAUGAUUGUAUAUAGUUCGUAUAUUUUACUUUUGUGUAAUAUUUCACUGUGUAAUUGUGUAAAUAUACCAUGAUUUACUUACUCAUGCAUCUGCUCUGGGACGGUUGUUUUGUUUCUAGAUUUUGCUCUUAUAAACAGUUCUGUAAUAAAUGUUCUCAUAAUCUACUGGUGUAAGUCGCAGAAGACAGUAUAAAGUACAGUGCUAUUUCUAUGAAGCCUAAAAACGAGCAAAACUUUUAAAGGUAUACCAGCAUACUCGCAUGGUAAGACCAUAGCAAAAACAAGGAAAGAAGUAAUAAUCACAAAGUUUAGCACCAUAACUUUAAUGACUUUCAAGGUCAUGGGGAAUCAGGCAGCGAGAAGGGAGGGGCAAGGAGCAGAGGAUGGAUGCAAAGUUACAGAUAAUGUUCUAGUUCUUGAUCCGAUGGUACAUUUAUAGGUACUUUCAUAAAUACAUAGGUAUUUAUCUAAAUUUUAUAUUUUAGAAUGAUUUUAGACUCUCACAAUUAUUGCAAAGAUGUUACAGAAAGUUCUAGGUUCCCCAUAUCUGGGUUCCCCUAUUAUCUUAGUGUGGCUCAUUUGUCACAAUGAAUAAACCAAUAUUGAUACAUUGUUAUUAACUAAAGUUCAGUUUAUUCACACAGACUUCCUUGUUUUGUCUUUCUUUACCUAACAUUUCUGUUCUUGGCGCCCGCUCAAGACCCCACAUUACAUUUAGUUAUCAUGUCUCCUUAGGCUUCUCUCCGCUGUGAACGUUUCUCAGACUUUCCUUGUUUUUUUUUGUUUUGUGUUGGUUUUUUUCCUAGUUUUUGAUGAUGUUGACAGUUUUGAUACUGGCCAGGUAUUUUAUAGGAUGUCCUUCAAUAGGAAUUUGUCUGAUGUUUUUAUCUCAUGAUUAGACUUAGGAGGACCAACGCAUCACUGUGGCAGAAGGGCCACAUCACAUCCUAUCAAGGCCAUAUCCUAUCAACAUGUCUUCUUGCUGUUAAUAUUAACUUUGAUCGACUGCCCGAGGUAGCAUUUUCGGUUUUUCCACGGUAGUUACUUUCUUUCCCCUUUUCGUACUGUCCUCUUCAGAAGGACAUCACUGUGUGGAGCACGCGGAAAGAGUGAGGAGUCACGCUCUACUUCCUUAAGAAGGAGCGUCUUAAGAAGAGAGUAUUUGCAUAAUUUAUUUGGAAUUCUUCAUGGAACAUUUGUGUCUCCACCCCCCCUCAUCUGUUCAAUUGUAUGGGUAUAGACUUGGAUAUUUAUUUCAUACUUUGGAUUAUUAUGUAACACUAUUUUGUUGCUUGAAUUGUUCGCUUUUAGUUGGUAGCAUGUUCUUUUGACAUACCCUUGUCAUUGUCAAGUUUUGGGGGUUGAGGGGUCUUUUUUUAUAUUUCAGGGCUUUUUUAGGGGGACACUUCCUAAAUGUCUGGAACUCCAAGGUGCUCCAGACUCACCUGGUACAAUUCCUACCCCAACCUUAGGAUCAGCCAUUUCUCGAAGAAAUUUUAUUGGAGAGUAGACACCAGGACACUGAAAUCUGGGGUUGGUGUGCUCACGUCUUUUCAUGGUUUGAUAGCUCUCAUUUGUUUUUAUGACUGAAUAAUAUUCCAUUGUAUGGCUAUACCAACUUAUCAGUUCACCUAUUGAAGGGCAUCUUGGUUGCUUCCAGUUUUUACAGUUAUGCAUAAAGUUGCUGUAAACAUUCGCAUGCAGGCUCUACUAGGAACAUAAGUUGUCACAUCACUUAAGUAAUGACCGAGAAGCAUGACUUACUGGGUCAUAUGUUAAGACUAUAUUUAGUUCUGUAAGAAACUGCCAGACUGUCUUCCAGGUGGUUCUAUCACUUUUGCUUUCUCAGCAGCAAUGAAUGAACGUUCCUGUGCUUUGCAUCCUUACCUGGAAUUGGCGGUGCUAGUGUUUUGGAUUUUAGUCAUUUUCAUAAACGUGUAAUGAUAUCUCCUUGUUUUAAUUUGCAAUUCCCUGAUGUCAAAUGAUGUUAAACGUCUUUUACUAUGUUUAUUUUCCUAUUUGGUAAGGUGUCCAUUCAGGUCCUCCACCCACUUUUAAAACCAUGUUGCUUGUCUGUUUGUUCAUUUCUUUCCUUCUUUUCUUAAUUCCUUCCCUUCCUUUCCUUCCUCCCUUUCCUUCCUUUCCUUUCCUUUCCUUUCCUUU